CUUUAUUUUACAGUUUCUAUUUCAAUUUGUUUCUUCUUCUUGAAUAAGUUAUGCAUUAUUUUUUUGUAUUACUUUUGAUUUAUAUCACUUCUCUUGAAGCAAGCAGUAUCAGCCAAGCUUUUUUUACCUUUAAUUCUGUCACAGAAUUAGAAAAUAAGCUAUGCAAUCAGAUUGAUCUAUUUCUCAAUCCAAAUGAUCCCGAUGACGCCCGAAGGAAUUGUGAUUCAUGUAUUAAUUUAUUGAGCAUGGCUAAAAGGCUAUGUUUCUUUCCUGAGCCUAUUCAAUUAGCUGCAAUGAAAAAUAUUUGCCGAAAAUCAAAACUAGUAGAUAAUGAAGUUUGUGAGGGCAUAGUUCGGGAACAAGGUCCAAUCAUUCGCAGAGUCUUAAAGACAAUGGAUAUAUCUGGACGAGAUGGACAUUUGUUAUGUGCUUCAGUUUUCAAUUCUUGCCCAUAUCCUGAUGUCAAGCAGUGGAAAGUACGUUUUCCGAAACCUAAACCAACGAAUCAUGUUCACUAUAAAUCAUCAAAUAAGACGAUAACGGUUCUUCAUUUAAGCGAUUGGCAUAUUGAUCCACAAUAUGAAGAAGGAACAGAAACAAAAUGCAGUAAACCAAUCUGCUGUAGACGACAAUAUACAGACUUUGAUAAUAUUGCUAACAAGGCAUCACCUUGGGGAGCCUUUGGUUGUGACUCACCCUUACCGUUAAUUGAAACCAUGCUAGAAUAUAUACCUAUCGUUGCACCUAAUAUAUCCUUUGCCAUUUUAACAGGAGAUAUACCCCCACAUGAGGUUUGGGAAACGUUACCCAUUGAAAAGACCAAAUUUAUUCAAGACACUUCUUACGCUCUACUUCAUUCACAUUUUGACUCAUCCUUCUUGAUCGAUACAAAGCUUUAUCCAUCUAUUGGAAAUCAUGAAUCAGCCCCUACCAAUUUAUUCCCUUUAAAGGAUUCGAAUUUACCAGCAGGGAAAAGACAUGAGGAUUUAACUAUGACUUGGCUAUAUGAUACUUUAGUGAGUAAUUGGAAAGGUUGGAUUCCAUCUAAAUACCUUUCACGUGUUCAUAAACACAGCGGUAGUUAUGUUGCUUAUCCUGUGCCUGGACUAAAAUUGAUUAGUAUGAACACUAACUUUUGUUAUAACCUAAAUUGGUGGUUAUAUGAGCAACCUACUAAAAGGGACCCUAAUGGGCUAUUAAAAUGGUUCAUUAGUCAAUUGCAAGAAUCAGAAGAUAACAAGGAAAGAGUAUGGAUUAGUGGACAUACAUCUCCUGGAGAUUCUUCUUGCUUUCAUGAUUAUGCAAAUUAUUAUUAUCAAAUUAUAGAAAGAUAUGCUCCUCACGUGAUUGCAGGUCAAUUCUUUGGACAUACACAUAGAGAUGAAUUUCAAAUAUUUUAUAAGAAUGCGUCUCAGAAAGCAAAAGAUGCUAUUUCCAUAGCUUAUAUAGCGCCCUCUGUUACGCCAUAUCCUGAUCUGAAUCCAGGUUUUCGAACUUAUACAGUAGAUACUGGAACAUUUGAAGUGAUCGAUACUCAUACUUAUAUAGCAGAUCUGAAUAAAUCAACUGAAUGGGAAUUAGUGCCUAAUUGGCAUAAAGAAUAUUCUGCUAAGCAGCUUUAUGGAUCAUCAAGUAAUACCUUUAAGGCAUUAUCUCCUUCUUGGUGGCAUAAAGUGACUGAAGAAAUGGAGUUGGAUGAUGAAAAGUUUGAUUUAUAUUGGCUCAAUAGAUAUAAAUCAUCUCCUCUUACACCAAAAUGUGACCUUUCUUGUCGUACUAACGCUAUCUGCAGUAUUCGUGCUGGUAAAUCAGAAUUACGCUGUGAUUACGAUCCAUCUUCUUCUACACCUAGGCCGGUUAUAUUGAAUCAUAAAGAACGAGAUGCUUGUGGUGUAUCCUUAUUAAAAAAAGUAGAAGUAUAAUAAUAAUAAUAAUUUCUGCUGAGUUUGUAAAUAUGGGUUAAAUUAUUAUCUUCUUUUUGUACACAUGCAUUAUUCUUCUUCUUAAUAAAAUAGAGCC